UAUUGAAUAUUGCACUGAAGAGUUAUUGAAAAUGAAACAUUAAAUUGAAGACAAAACUAAACUAAGGUGGGUGUAUUGUCCAUGUCCAUAGGGGGAGGAGUGUUAUGUGGCGUUAAGCUGUCUGAUGGCCAGGGGGAAGAAACAGUUCAGUAGUCUGGUUGUUCUGCAGAAGAUACUGCGGAACCUUCUGCCGGACGCCAGGGGGAAAAAAAAGAGUCCAUGGUUGGGGUGGGUGGGGUCGGAGAGGAUCUGGUGAUUAUGCAGGAAACUUGCAUGAUCUUCCAACAUAUCAACUGUUUAACAUCACAUAUCAUAUUGCACUGUGUCGUUUUGCAGACACUUUGGAGCUGAUUUUAUUUUUCCUGACCACACAGGUUAGUAUUUCAGUUUGUGGCUGAAUAAUGGCAGAAACUCCCCUGAGUGAAUGGAAAACUCCUCUAUUCGGCUGUUGUCAAGAUGUCAAUACUUGUUGCUAUGGCUUCUGGUGCUGCAGCUGCCUUGCCUGCACUGUUUCAAGAAGAUUUAAACAGAGCUUUUGUCUGCCAAUAUGUGACAUACUGAGUCCUGCUAUAUUUACACCCAUGGGGAUUCCCAUUUUUGCUCCCCCAGCAGCAUUGACUCUGAGGGCUUCCAUUCGGAACAGAUAUGGAAUAAAGGGUACAGCCAUCAAUGACAUUGUAACAUCUUGUUUUUGUGUCUGGUGCUCCUGGUGUCAGAUGGAUCGUGAGCUAAAGGAAAGAAAUAGAGCUCCUGCUGUCAUUAACACAAGGCCCAAAACUGUUGUCAAUGUUCAGGUUAAUCCAGUCAUGAAGGUUGAUGAAAACCCUGAAUCACAACAUGAUAGUUUUGGGGCUCCGUAUGUUAACCCAGACCCUGCUCCACCUCCUAACAGUUUUUGAGGCUCAGUAUCUUAAUCCAAAUACACCUCAAUAUUCUCGUUAUUCUAUGAGCUAAUA